ACCACGAUAAGACGUCCAGCAAUAUGCUGGGAUGGGGUGUGAAGAGUAUAUUAAAUAGAUCAGGAUCCUUCGGGCGCGGCUUUUAAUCCAAGAGACUCCAGAGAACUCGGAAGAACCGUGGUCGCUUCCCAGUUGUUGUUGUUGUUCCUUUUCCUGCUUGGAGCUUCCUGACUCGGCCACGCACUUGGAAGGGACCGGAGACAGCUGUUGUCAGGAUGCGGGGCCGACAGAGGGGCACCCAACUGGGCCUGCUGCUCCUGGCCUCCCAGGUCUUCCAGGUGGGCCUGGACAACAUUCCCCCCGUCACCCUGGCUGUGCUGGGGCUCAACAUCUACCUCUACGUUUUCCCCGCCGCUCUACUGAUGCAGGCCUGUGUGAGUGUCCAGCAGGCGUACUGGCAUGGUGACUGGCUCCGCCUCGUCCUCUCACCCGUGCAUCAUGUGGAUGAUUGGCACCUCUACUUCAACAUGGCGUCCUUCCUGUGGAAAGGCAUCCGACUGGAACAGCGGCUGGGCGGAGCCUGGUUCCUCUACCUGCUGUCCGUCUUCUCCCUGCUCACAGGAUUGGUCUACCUGGCGAUCGAGGCGGGGCUAACGGUGCUCACCGAGGACUCCUCCUACAGCAUGCAGUGUGCUGUCGGUUUCUCAGGUGUACUGUUCGCCCUAAAGGUGCUCAAUAACCACUACUACCCUGGGGGCGUGACCUACGUGAUGGGCAUUCCAGUGGCCAAUCGCUAUGCCAGCUGGGUGGAGCUAGUGCUCAUCCACCUAACAUCACCCGGGACCUCUCUGAUUGGCCACCUGGCCGGUAUCCUGGUUGGUCUGCUCUACACAGCAGGACCACUGAAGAGCAUCAUGAAGACAUGUGCAGGGCUUGUGGCUCCAAGCAGACAUUUCUCCCAGCCGGACACACAAUACUACUCCUCCUCAGGUUACAGCGGAUCGAGAUCCUCUGCCAGCCAGCCUUAUACAACAGACUACACAGCAGGAAUGACGGAGGAAGAGCAGUUUUAAAUGGCCAUGAGAAACAGCCUGAACGACAGGGGAGGUUCCAGACAGCAUGGAUUCCCGCCUCCUUACGGUUUCCACCUCUCGGAGGAGGAGCUCCGCAGGAGGAGACGGAUGCGGUUCGACCGCUGAAUCCCCAGAAGGGUCAACGGGAGCGAAGGUGUUUUUCCUCAGUACAGAUGGAUGACGGGGCGGUUAACUCCCCUGGACCUCGCUGCCAUGUUCAUGUCUGCUCUUCACCGGGAUUUCAGCCGCACCGUCUGCCUUUACUAAGCUGUUCCUCACCACAGUCUAACUGAGGAGUCUGGGAGGAACCAGGACUUGCUUUAGCUCAGCUGGCAUCAGAAACCAGAUACUGGAGGGGGGGGGGGUGCUCAUCUUAUUCCAGUUUGUUAUUGUUAUUUUAUUGCGUGAUUUGGCGCUCUGCAGAAACUGGUCUUUGUUGUGGCGAGCUUUGCUCUCGGUCAACACGUCUUCUAUUGAAGAUGCUGAAGAAGGGAUGGUGAGCUCAGCAAAGUGACGUUCUCUGGGCUCCCACCAUGUGGCAGUGUCCACACCAUUACAUCAUCAGUGCCUUUGUUAAAAGAAGGGAAGAGCGAAAAGACGUCAUAAAAUGCAGGAGCUUCCUUCUGCGAUCUGAAGUAAUUCGCCAAAGGAGGCGUUGUGGGUUUCUGUUGGAGCUACGAGGUGCUGGGUUACUGGGUCGGUGUGGUUUCUGAGGACGGAACAUUCCCUGUUUCAGAGGCCCGACUUCAAGUCCGGGUAGCGGAAUAAUUCCGGUAGAAUAUUCCCGACAGUUUGUUUUUACUGUAACCCUGAAUGUGAACCUUUGACCCCAGGCAAGAACCCGCACGUCUUGUUGCUUCUCCCCAAAUGACCCCGGGAAGGUCGACGAGUGGCCUUACACGGUUCAAGUAAAGCGGCGUGUCGGCCGGCUGGCCGCCACCUUGUACAGUUACAGUAAGAAAACAUGCAAAAAUCUUGGAAAAGUUUCAGUAUAACUUUAUGAAGCAGCUUCAUAAGUUUUCCGUCAGUUGACAGGAUGGUUUCUUCUUCUUCUCUCGUUUGGGAAGAUAUUACAAAUACUGAAAUAUACGUUUUUUUUUCAGACAAUAAAGCUCAAACAUGUACAAUCUGAGCAGGUUUUGAAUUAACUGGGUCGAUCCCCGACGGGCCGGAGCAGUGGCGUGGUUUCAGACGAGGAGGGUGGAGUUCCUGCAGGGGGUCGGGCACGUGAUGCUGAAACGGCGUCACGGUUUCGUUGGGUUUUCCACGCAGACCAGGUUCACGCAGACGUUAAUGGAUUGGGUGCGGGUUUUUCCGUCCUGGGGAGGCCGCAGAGACGGGCGGCCAUGUGAGGGUCUCGCCUCUGGCGGUUGAGGCUCAUCAUUUAGAAAGAAAGCUGCUUCAUGUCGUCAUUGCACAGGUUACACAACCCAUCUCUUAUAUAACCACAACCACCCAUGUGUCCAGUUCUUCUCUCCUAUUGCCUUGCUCAGGGGCACAGGCAGGCGUAUUAACCCUAACAUUUAAUAUUACCACGUCAGCCAUGAGAGCCCCAGUAUGACCCCGGUAUACCACAUCGCAUGACCCCUUUUUGGCGGUGCAGUGGAAUCUGGUAGUUUGGGGUUGUCGUGCUGACAGCUUGGUGUAAAACAAAGACCCUGAGUUGUGUUUACAAUAUAUUUUUGUAUCGACAUAAUAAACAUACACUGCUUUAUAAAUCCCUGUGUGUUGAUCCAUCCGUCC